AUGGAAUUUCUCGUCGCUCGUCAAGAGGCCGAGGGUGCCGGCGGGGCCGGCGGCCGCUCUGCGGGCCAGAAGGUGACUGACGCCGUCACUUCCGUUGUGAAGUCUGCUGCCGCCGCUGCCACCGAGGCUGCCACCGGCAAGUCCGGCAAGGGCGAGUCUUCCGGCAAGGGUGAGUCCUCCGCCAAGGGUGCUUCCUCGGGUAAGUCCUCGGGCGGUGGUCUCGUCAACGGCAUGGACAAGGCGACCCGCAAGGCUCUUCUCAAGGCGAGGAUCUACCGGGCCAACUACAUCAUGUGGUGGGUGACCACGGGUGUCAUCGGCGCCAUUGCCAUCCUGUACCUCCUCCGUAUGUGGCGCGCGCACCAGAUCCGCAAGCGUGUUGCCGCCAAGCGUGCCGCGGGCGCUGCUGCCACCAACGGCAAGCGCGGCUCGGCCCUCGGUGCUGCUCACGCCGGCUGGGCCAACCUCGCCUACGUCCGCACUUGGCCUCUUUGGAUUUACGGCUCGACCUCGGCUGCCGAGUGGUUCUGGACCGCUGCUUACACUGGUAUCUGUCUCGGUGUUGGUUUCUGGGGAUGCAUCUCGCCCAUCGACGGCAAGCUCGACUACGCCAACCCGAUCGGUGUCGUCGCCUUUGCGCAGAUGCCCCUCAUUGUCGGCCUCGCUUCGCGCAACAACGUCAUCUCCUACAUGACCGGCAUCUCGUACGAAAAGCUCAACUACCUGCACCGCGCCUCUGGCCGUGUCUGUGUCCUGACCACCUGGCUGCACACGCUCGGCUGGUUCCACAAAGGUCUCGGCAAGCACGGCCCUGGCACCAAGAUCUUCCUCUCUGGCAUGCUUGGCUCUGUUGCCGUCCUCGUUCUUUGGCUCACCAGCUUCCAGAUCGUGCGCAAGACGGUGUACGAGCUCUUCCUCUUCUUCCACAUCACGAUGGGCAUCAUGUUCAUCGUCGCGUCGUACUACCACUGGCCGCGCAUGGCCGAGUGGACCUGGAUUGCUCUCCUGCUCUGGGGCAUUGACCGCUUCGUCGCCUUUGCCCGCCUCUUCUUCCACAACAAGACGUGGCUCAUGUGGUCUUCUGCCCGCCACGCGGAGCACUCCGGCUCCGUUGUCGAGCUCAUCGACGACGACGUCGUGCGCGUCACCGUCAACCGCCCGCUCUUUAGGUGGUCCCCCGGCCAGCACGCCUUCCUCACCAUGCCCGGCGUCGCGAUGCUGCGCUACGAGCAGCACCCGUUCACGAUCGUGAACAUCCCCGACGAGAGCGGCGACGUCGUCUUCAUUUUCCGCGCGCUUCAGGGCUUCACCCGCCGCCUCGUGAACCGCCUUGACUCGACGACCACCACCGACAUCAACGCGUACAUCGAGGGCCCCUAUGGUGGUGAGGGUUUCGGUCACGGUAUCGGCCACGGCCCGCUUCAGCAGCACGACGCCGUCAUUCUCAUCGCCGGCGGCACUGGUAUCUCGGCCUCCUGCUCCCAGUUCCUGAACACGAUCAAGUGCUCGCGCGAGGGCACGACGGCGGUCGCCUCCUGCCGCCUGGUGUGGAACGUGCGCUCCCCCCGUGCCCUGUCCUGGAUUGCCCCCCUUCUCAACGCCGAGUUCGCCAAGGGCGCCGGCUCCACCAAGUUCCACAUCGACGUGUACCUGACCCGCUCCGCCGUCUCGGACGACCCGACAGUCGAGGGCCAGAAGGACCCGGCCCAGUUCGCCUCGCUCGAGGACUCGCCCGAGGGCUCGCCCGCCGGCUCGACCGAGAACGUCAACGAGAAGACGUCCUCGACCGGCUCCAUGGGCGGCGCGGACGAGAAGUGGAUCGCUGCGGCCGGCAUUAGCCCGACGGUCGCCCAAAUCGUCCAGUUCCACAAGGGACGCUCGCCGCUCGAGACCAUCAUUCGCGAUGACACGCUCAACGCCACGGGCGAGGGAGACGGUGUCGGUGUCGCGGUCUGCGGACCCACGUCCCUCUCCAUGGCCGCGCGCGAUGCCGUUGUUGCCGUCAACAGACCGUCGGCCAUCGCUGCUGGCCACCAGCAGGAGAUCCACUUCCACUCCGAAGUCUUCGGAUGGUAA